AUGGAGGCCGACUUAGCACACAACCGCUAUCGCUCUCGCAUUCUGCGAGAAAUGAACGCAAACCGCGACAAUCCAUUCAACUCUCCGCCUUCCUCGACUGGCUCACACGGCACCGUCAGCCCGACCAUGUCCUCCGUCUUCUCAGAACCUGACGGUGAAUCCACCCGCAGGCUCAACGAAGACAUUGCUCGCAUAAUCGGUCCUACCGGUGGGAAAAUUCAAGUCGACUUGGAUGCUGCCCACCGCAAGUGGCCCGAAUUCUAUGGCAAGCCCAAGGCCAGCGUCGAAGCAAAACAGAACCACCCCGCUCCCAAACCCAUCGGUUCAUUGCGUCGCAAGGACACCGUCUCCCACAAGGCCAUUGUCCAGAAAUAUCUCUCCAACAUGGACGACGACGACUCGACGGAUAUGACUUGGCAGGGUUCUAAGCGGACGCGUGCUGAAAUGCAGCCCCGCGUUGAGGACAACGAGUCCGACAUGUCGGCCAACAUGUCCAAGUCGCCUUUUCGAUUCGAUAUCAAUGCCGAUAGCUUCAAGUUCAAUCCUCAGCAGCAGAUGAACCGCAGUCCCUUGUCAAGAGGACACGCUCGUACAGCAUCUGGCAACCACAAGUCAGCAAGACGAUCUUCCUACGCCGCCAACAAUGACCGAAGGAAGUCAGACUUCCUGGCUCCCCCCACGCAAGCCACUCCGAGGCAAACCCCAGCCGAGAAUAUGUCUACGAAUAAAUCUACCCCAGUCACAUUCAACACGAUCCGAAGCACGUUCCCCUCGCCGGCCACUACCGAUAGCCCUGCACAGAAUGGCGCCACGUCCCGCUCUUUCUUCAUGCCCGAUAUCUCCCACCUCAACGACUUCAUCUCAGGCAACUUGCGCUUCAAUGGUGCGGUGAAGAAUGGUGUCCCCGUAUUUGUGAAGAACGGGCAAGUGCGAGACCGCAUUGAUAUCCUGCCGCCCAAUGAUCAUGCCGAGGUUGACGGUCUUGCGAUUCCCGAGGAUGAAGAGAAGAUCUUCGUGUCUAUGGAUAUGAUCCGGAACGAAAUUUGCAACCUCCAGGAACACGACGAUCUGGUACAGCAGCAUGCAGUGGAACUCGAAAAUCAGGUGGAUCAUCUUCAGGCCGAAUUGAAGCGGAUCAAGGGCCGCAAGUCUAUCGAUAGUGCCCUCGGCUCCCGGACAGGCUCAGAGCCCGAGACGGCUGGCGAGGAGCGCUAUCAGACACAGAAGCUGAAGUUGGAAUCGCAGGUGACAUCUUUACAAGCACGCUUGGACCAAGCAAGCACCCGGCUCGGCAUUAAUGAGGUCGAAAACAACACCUUGUCUCUGGAGCGAGACCGAGCUUUGAAGAAGCUUUCAGACGCAUGUAUACAAAUUGGCGAUCUCAUGGAUCAACUCGAAGUGAAGGGAAAAGAACUCCACGAGACCCAAGAUAAGCUCAAUGCCACUCUGGAGAUGACCAACCCGCGAGAGGUGUUUCGCCAGGAGAAGCAAAACCACGAGGUCCGCUCCGCCGACAAUAACGCUCUCCAUGAAGAUAAUCAGAUCCUUCGCCGAGAACAGGAAACCUUGCAGCAAGAAAUGGAGUCUCUGCGGACGGACAACAACUCCCUGCGGCGCGAGCAAGAAUCUCUCAUCAGCGAAAAUAGGUCUUUACGGGCUAAUGCGCGAUCGCUCAUGUCUGAGAAUGAGGAGCUUCGUCAGACUACGACCAACGCCAAGGAGGAUCUCGAGGCAGCCCGUGAUGAGGUUGAGGCAUUGCAGGUUGAGCUUCACACCAUGGAGCAAGAGAAGUCAACGCUCAAGGAGGACAACGAUAGCCUUGUUCGACACAACGAGAAAUACUUCAACGAGAACAAGAUCCUUCGUCGUGAAAACUCGGGCUUCGAGCGUAGCAUCCACGACCUUCACGAUGAGAACAUGCAACUGAAGGAGGAAAUUGAAUUCCUCAAGCAGCAGCUCGAUCACUGUCGCCCUCUUAGAAAGACGGAUGACUUCUCUGUGCGUCUGGAUAAGGAAGAUGACGAGGAGGAAACUGAGGAGAAUAUGACUUCGGCAUUCUUUAUGCCGGACAUUACGAUUGACAGCACACAGAACUCCAAGGUUCUUGAUUUUACUCCGGAAGUGAAAAAGAUUCGAAAGCCAGCGACACCAGGCAGGAAGGCUGCCGAGAUCCAGGACACGACGGAGCACACAGAUCGGAGUGUGAAUGAGCUCGACAACACUGUCCAGAGUCAACAAAGUUCUGUCGCAGCCGAACCCCGGUCCAAGAGACGAGACUCCAAUCACCACCCCCAGGACUCCACCAGUCAACAGAAAGUGUCCUUCUCGCUGCCCGAGCGGUUAGCAGCGAGUUCCAAAUCCAGAAGCACGAAGGAAAGGAGCAGCAAGGCCUCCAAUGUUGCGAACAAGGGCAGCAAGAGAAGCACCUCUGGUCAAACGAAUCCCAAGAGCUCCUUCAAGGGGGCUUCCCUUCCAGACCUCGACCCUUUUCAAGCAGACGACGAGGGCAACAUGCAAUCGCCCGAACACACUCAGACUCGGACUCACUCCAUGGCGAUCGACAUGAAGAUGAAGAGCAAGAAGGAAUCUCGUACUGUUCAUCAAGAAACAACGAACACCACUCGCAACUUGACCAGCCAAAGCCAGAGGUCAUCAAAGGCUGCUGUAAAGCCUUCCAAGAAUAAGUCCAUUACCGUCGAUCUGAUUACUCAGGGCGGGCUGGAUCACACGUCGACUACUGAUGUCAAGAGCAACUGCCCUGCUCUGACCUCCGAUGCUAGACGUGUUCUGGAUAGCUUGGCCGGACACAGCUGUAAGAACUGCAUUGUGUGCACGCGGAUCAAGGCUCAUCGUGGAACGGUCACUUCUGCCGACAUUGCAGAAGGUAAGAAGCGAGUGAAGAUCUCUAGGCCCGUUGCUCCUUCGGAUCAGUAUAAGGAGCUAGGCGAUUCUGCGGACGACCUCACAAUUCGUCCUUCGCAACCUCCGGGGCAUGCUUUGGCGAAGGUCAUCAAGGGCCUCGAGGACGAGCUAGAGCACAUGAAGAUGGAGCAUGCGAAGAUGCAGGCUCGAUACGACAACCACAACCCUGCUCUUGCCGAAACGAAGCGCAAGCAGCUCAAGACGAACAUUGACGCCAACAUGAACGCACAGGAGGUCAAGAACGGGCAAAUAUACGCACUUUACGAUGUGCUUGAGGGACAGAAACAGGUCGGACAGGAUAUGUCGGAUGAAGAGCUCGACGUCACUGUCUUCAGUAUCACCGGAUUGAGUGUCAGGGACAUCACUGACCAACAUACUUGGGAGGGCAUUCAGGGGUAG